AAAAGAGUGGGGGGACAAAACAGUGUAGGCGAAAACAAACGCGGCCGUCCCUUGCACAGUAGCAGCUGCCGUGCCCCCACCACCUCACCGAUCCCCUCCCCGUCUCGCCUCCUCCGCCAAAUCCCAAAAUCGCCGCCUCCGAUCCGCCGCUGUCCCCGAUCCGCCGCCGCCGUUGACCGCCCAGAAUGGCCUCCGGGCCGCCCUCGCCGUCCGGCAAAGCCUACUCCCGCAAAUCCCACGGCCCCAACGCCAGCUCCAAGGCCCCCGGCGUCCCCUCCUUCGACGCGCACAACGACCCGCUCCUCCCCACCGUCACCUUCUCGCUGCCCUCGACGCCCGCCUCCCGGCGGGAGCUCCGCCGCCGCCUCUCCGCCGAGCUUGCCCAGGUGCGCGCCGCCUCCAAGCGCCUCAACUCGCUCCAGGCCCCCGCCCCUUCCUCCGCGCUCUCCGCCACCGACCCCUCCACCCCGCUCCCGCCGCACCCAUCCGCAUCCAAGCACAAAUCCAAGAAAGGGGGAGCAGCGCACCCGCCCGUCUCCGCGGAGGCGCGGCGCAAGCUCUACGCACCCGUGUUUAAGAACUGCGCCGCGCUGCUCGGCAGGCUGAUGAAGCACAAGCACAGCUGGGUGUUCAACAAGCCGGUCGACGCUAGCGGUCUCGGUCUGCACGACUACCACACCAUCAUCACCAAGCCCAUGGACCUCGGCACUGUCAAGUCCAAGCUAGCCGCCGGGCACUACAAGUCACCACGGGAAUUUGCUGGGGAUGUGCGUCUGACGUUCCAGAACGCCAUGACGUACAACCCCAAGGGGCAGGACGUGCACUUCAUGGCCGAGCAGCUGCUGAACAUGUUUGAGGAGAAGUGGUCAGAGAUCGAGGCUGAGGUAUCACAGCUAUCACCGCAGCCUCCGACACCGUCCUCGGCUGCACCCAGGAAGCCUAGGGAGAUAGAUAAUUCUAGGGUGUUAGAGAGGUCGGACUCCACAGUUCAUGCUGCAGGGAUGGAGGCUACACCAAAGCCACAUACUGGCAAACCCCCUGUUUUAAAGAAGCCCAAGGCAAGAGAUCCCAAUAAGAGGGAUAUGACCUUCUGGGAGAAGCAGCGGCUUAGCAAUAACCUCCAGGAUUUGCCACCAGAGAAGCUAGACAAUGUUGUUCAGAUUAUAAAGAAGAGGAACUUAUCACUCAGCCAACAUGAUGAUGAGAUCGAGGUUGAUAUAGAUAGCUUUGAUGUCGAGACAUUAUGGGAGCUUGAUAGGUUUGUGAUGAACUAUAAGAAGAGUACAACUAAGAAUAAGCGGAAGGCUGAGCUUUCCGCGGUAAGGCAGGAUGAGGCUCAGCAUGACCAGGAGCUGGAGAAGAUAGAGCAUGCGAGGCAGGAUGAAGCAGAUCAGGAUCAGAUUCCCACGGUACAAGAGCAGAUUCCAGAACCUGAAGCAGUUGAUGUUGAACCACCUAAGGAAAAUGCAGCAGAUGACAACGAAAGAUAUGUGGGUUCAUCAUCAUCACCGGUCCAUUUGGAAGACCAGAAGGGAGAGAAUGCUAGAUCAAGUAGUUCUGGAAGCUCUAGCAGCGACUCAGGCUCUUCCUCCAGUGCAUGUGCAGAUACGGACACAGAUAGUUCAUCAGCAGAUGGCUCUGAUGCUGCACAGUCACCUAGAACGUAACAUCUAUAGUCCAGAUAUUGAUGUGAGACUGUAAAGGUCAUAACUCCUUAGUUCACCAAAGAUAUCUGGCAUGAAAUUGUUGGCGAGAUUGUUGUAAAUUUUGGUUAUGUAGGAACUCUAACCAAUGCCAUGUUGUUGGUUGUUGUUUUGGUCUCAUAGUGGAUGCCCGAGAUAGCAGGUGCACCUAUGCAUCUGUACCAUUAUUUGCAGUUAUGUACUUAUUGUAAGUGCUGCACUUACCUAGUCGUCGAGCUGGAAGUUAUCUCACAUUGGAUAGGAGAACUGCAAAUUGGGUUAGUAAAACAACCGGUGAGGUGAAGACCAGGAACCUGGAGGCCUCGCCCUGUUGUCAGAUUGUGCAAUUGUUAAGAGUUGUGUAAUUUCUGUUGGUGUUGCAUUAGCAUUGAUCAUUAUUUUUUGGGUCAAUUUGCUGAGUACCAUCGUAAAAGUUGCAAAAGUUAAAAAAUACUAUCGGUGUGUGUGGAUGACAUAUGAGUCAUAGGCUCAUAUGGCAUGGCUAAUAUGUCAUCUCGCCGUCAAUGGUAUUUUAUAAUAUGAGCAUUUUUAUGAUGAGAUUUACCUAAUUUUAUCUUAUUUCUUUCAUUA